AUGGAGACCAAAGUGCAGGACUCUGGUGCCAUCGGGCGAUGGAACGCGAGCGAUAAAAUUGAUGCCCAUGGACUGGCACAAUAUUCACGUCAGUCUGACCCCGGAAAGAUUGUCAAUAUUCCGUAUGAUCAAUUGUUUACUCAACGUAUUAAGACAGUAAUAUACAACAAUAACCGCUAUUAUUCUGUGGAUCGGGGUGAAAAAUACGAGAUGCGGAGUUUUGUGUUCCUGGAACGACCUGCAGUCCGAGACUCAUUGAGAUCUUUGUUGGAAUACAAGGUGAUAGAUUUCUUGCUUACUGAUAUUCAUCGGAUUAACCGUGAGAAAACAGGAGGUGGUGGCAUACCAUGGUGCAAAUUCAGGGCAGCUUCAACGGAAUUCGACGCCAUGACGAAGCGGUUUGCAAUAAAAUUCAAGUUUGGUGCAUUCAUUCAGGAUAGUCAACAACAAAAAACCUGA